AAAUUAACUACCUCUAAUUAUGUUCAGUAUACUGGUCAAAUUCGGGUCUCUAGGUUUAGAGAUAUUUGUUCAAAUGUUCGGAGCAUGAGCUUUUAAUAUGAGAGAAUUCGUAUCAACCAACACAUGAGGCUAUUAUGUACGUAUAAGUUGACAUGCAGACAAAAAGUAAUGAUCGUGAUAAAAAAAAUAUUAGAGGAUACACCACUAUAUCUUUUGUUAAGUUUAGAUGUUGAUCGAAAAUCAUUGAGUUUGUCUGUCGACAAGCUAAAACAAUAUGAUGAGAAAUCAUAAUAACUUUUUAUAUUAUAUUAAUUUACCUAGACUGCCCUUGUUGUAUAUGAUUUAAUUAUCUUAUAGUUGUACUUGUACGUGGUUUAAUCAUGAAGCUUAAGCCCAAAUUAAGAUCGUAUUACAGUUGACCGUUGAGUAAUCCAAGCUCAAAAUCCGGCGGAAACCAUCUUGUCCUAUCCUGUCCCGUUCGGCGGUUGUUCUGCGCCGCCGCUUCUCCGGCCGCGCCACUUACCUGCCGUCGCUAAAAGCAAGCUAAAGUUCCCAAAUUCCACCGCUACGCAAAAGUUCUUUGCUUUCUUAACAGUUUCCAUUUCCUGCCUAAUCAGUGAAUUUCCUUUUAAUCAGUGAAUGAAUUAUUUAACUCGGAUUUUACUCCACUUCCAGACCAAAAUACCAUCGUCCAUGAAACCGUACCGGGUAAAAGUCAGUGGUAUGAUAUUUUAUGGUAAAACCGUUUACCGUAGUUGAAUCGUUAGACCGUUAAAUACUGCGUAUCGAUUUAGCUUCCGAUACUGAUAUUUCGUGGUUGAACCGUCAGUACGAUACGGUUUAAUGGAACAUGCAAAAUACUGAACACGUUGGACUAAACCCUAAAAGCUUCCAACUUUCCGCCAAUGGCGUCGUCUACUCGCCUCUCCCAGCCGCCGGCUUUCUCCAAAGCCCUAUCUCACCCUCUUGCUCGAGACCCAUUCCUCAAAAUCACUUCUUUACCACUGAGAUUCAAUCGACAGCUCUCCCGCCACUCCCUUUCUCUUCGCGCCGUCAUUUCCCAAAACCCUGCCAAAACGACUUCGUCACAGACCAAUCAGUUUGAGCACUGUUUCAGCAAAUCCUCCGAUGGGUUCCUCCAAUGUGAGAACGUCAAGGUCCAGGAUAUCAUGGAAAGUGUGGAGAGGAGGCCUUUCUAUUUGUACAGCAAGCCUCAGAUUACUAGGAAUGUGGAGGCGUACAAGGAUGCCCUGCAGGGAAUGAGUUCUAUUAUUGGAUAUGCUAUCAAGGCCAAUAAUAACUUGAAGAUUUUGGAGCAUUUGAGGUCGUUGGGUUGUGGCGCUGUUCUGGUUAGUGGGAAUGAGCUGAGAUUGGCUCUCAGGGCUGGGUUUGAUCCUACCAAGUGUAUAUUUAACGGAAAUGGAAAGCUGUUGGAGGAUUUGGUAUUGGCUGCUCAAGAAGGUGUCUUUGUUAAUAUAGACAGUGAAUUUGAUUUGGAAAAUAUUGUCGCAGCUUCUAGGAUUGCCGGUAAGAAGGUUAAUGUCUUGCUACGCAUCAAUCCUGAUGUGGAUCCUCAGGUACAUGCGUAUGUUGCCACUGGGAACAAGAACUCGAAGUUUGGUAUCAGAAAUGAGAAGCUGCAAUGGUUUCUGGAUGCUGUUAAGGCACACCCAGAUGAGCUUAAGCUUGUUGGCGCCCACUGCCAUCUCGGGUCAACAAUUACCAAGGUGGACAUUUUUAGGGAUGCUGCCGUUCUUAUGGUCAACUACAUUGAUGAAAUUCGUUCUCAAGGCUUUGAAGUCGAUUACCUAAACAUUGGAGGUGGUUUGGGCAUAGAUUACUAUCACUCUGGUGCAGUCCUGCCCAAGCCGAUGAAUCUCAUUGACACUGUUCGUGAAUUGGUGCUGUCAAGGAAUCUCAAUCUCAUAAUUGAACCAGGGAGAUCCCUUAUUGCCAAUACCUGCUGCCUGGUAAAUAGGGUAACUGGCGUCAAGACUAAUGGAACCAAGAAUUUCGUUGUGAUAGAUGGAAGCAUGGCGGAGCUCAUCCGUCCUAGUCUGUAUGAUGCUUAUCAGCACAUAGAGCUAGUGUCUCCUCCACCACCUAAUGCAGAGGUGUCAACCUUUGACGUCGUUGGUCCCGUGUGUGAAUCAGCUGAUUUUCUGGGGAAGGAGAGGGAACUUCCUACCCCAGCCAAGGGAGCCGGGUUGGUUGUUCAUGAUGCUGGAGCUUAUUGCAUGAGCAUGGCAUCAACAUAUAAUCUCAAGAUGCGGCCUCCUGAAUACUGGGUGGAGGAAGAUGGAUCAGUAUCCAAGAUCCGACACGCAGAGACGUUUGAAGACAAUAUGCGAUUCUUCGAUGGCCUGUAAUCUUGAUCUAGCUUCAAGUCAUCAUGGAAAUGGACCGAUUAUUAUAGCUUGUAACCUUUGCAUUACCUUAAACACUUCCAAGUUCUGUAUCAGGACAAGUUUUGUAAUGUAGACCAUUUGUGUCGUCCCUAAGGUAGAGACAUGUUAUUAAACUGUCCCUAGUUAAAAAGAGUUAGCUGUUCUCAAGAAAUAAGAAGUAAACUUUGACAAAUUAAAGUCAUUCAAAAGGAUUCUCUCGUUUAGCGAGAGCUUGUGAGAGCGGCGGAAACCCUAAGUUUUCCAGGAUAAUCCAGUCGAUCGACAUAUAGCUAUUCGGUUUUCGAAACAUUGGAAUAUACUAGAGUAAGGUUU